AUGAGAUUGACUGUUGUAGGCAUACUUGCUACGUUUUGGAUCUCAGUUGCUGCUGAUGAGCCGCCUACCACUUUGAUAAUUGAUGUGACUCACAAGAUUCCUGAUGAAGAGUGCAUCCACAAGUCAAAGCUUGGAGAUCAACUGUCGAUGCAUUAUACUGGAAAGCUCUUUUCCAAUGGCAAAAAGUUUGAUUCUUCCUUGGAUCGCAAUCAGCCCUUUCAAUUCAUGUUGGGAGUAGGCCGAGUUAUCAAAGGCUGGGAUCAGGGCUUAAUGGAUAUGUGUAUCGGUGAGAAACGCACACUUACCAUUCCUUCAAGCCUGGCUUAUGGAAAACAAGGUGCUGGUGGAGUCAUUCCUGGAGAUGCUGCGUUGGUGUUUACAGUGGAGUUGCUGGAUAUUCUAAACAAGGACGUUGAGCCUCAGGUUAUCGAUCUGGACGCUCAACCAAAGGGAUCUGUCAAGGAUGAUAAAAAGGCGGAUACCAAAGCUGGAGCAAAAGAUUCCAAAGCUCCACCAAAAACACUUCAGAUUGGCAUCAAAAAGCGAGUCUCGGAAGCCGAAUGUACUCGAAAGGCCCAAAAGAAUGAUCAACUGUCGAUGCAUUACACUGGAACGCUCUUUUCUACUGGCAAAAAGUUUGAUUCUUCUUUAGAUCGCAAUCAGCCUUUUGAAUUCACUCUUGGUACAGGUCAGGUUAUUCAAGGCUGGGAUCAGGGUCUGAUAGGCAUGUGUGUUGGCGAAAAGCGACGAUUGACUAUUCCUCCCCAGCUUGGAUAUGGCGAUCGUGGUGCUGGUACUGAUAUACCUGGUGGUGCUACACUUGUAUUUGACGUUGAGCUACUUGAAAUUAAAAAUAGCUUUGAUAAAUCUGACGAGCUCUAAAAACGGAAAGCGAGUUGGAAACAUUACGAUACGAUGGAACCCAUUUGAGUCCAUUAUGCUUUCCCAACAUUUGAAGUGUCGAGUUUAUUAUUGCAAUAAAUUUUACAGUGGACCCUAUUUAGUACUGUG